UUUAACUAUCAUCAGAAUAUAGACAACACCUGAAACUGAAGAAGCACAAAAGACAACAACAGGCUGGAUGAAUAUUCCUUCCCACUACAGAUAUAACACUACACGAAGGAAAAUUUAAAAGGAUUACAACUGAGAUGGUUGUUCUAUGGAGAGAUUACUCGGUGAGGAAGCAGCUGCUGCAGCUGGUUCUUCUCCACACAGCCUGGGAAAUGGGUAGCGGCCAGCUCCAUUAUUCUGUGCCGGAGGAAUCCCAGCAUGGCACCUUCGUGGGCCGCAUUGCCCAGGACCUGGGGCUGGAGGUGGGUGAAUUGGUGCCUCGGAUGUUCCGGAUAGUUUCCAAAGAACACAAGGAUUAUUUAGAGGUAAAUGUGCAGAAUGGGAUCUUGUUUGUGAAUUCCAGGAUAGACAGGGAGGAGCUGUGUGGCAAAAGCACUGUUUGUGCCAUUCACCUGGAGGUGAUUGUGGAUAACCCCCUGAGGGUUUUCCAUGUGGAAGUGGAGAUUGCAGACAUAAAUGACAAUGCUCCAUUUUUUAUAGCAAGGCAGGAAAAGUUGCUCAUUCUAGAAUCAAGACUGGUAGGGUCCCUUUUCCCUCUAGAAGGAGCCUUAGAUGCUGAUGUUGGUACAAAUGCACAGUUAACUUACCAUCUCAGCCCCAGUGAACAUUUCAUCCUAGAUUUCCAAAGGAGUGGUGAUGAUAAUUCCUUAGGCUUUGUAUUAAAAAAACCUUUGGACAGAGAAGAUAUUUCUGUGCAUCACUUACUGCUCACAGUCACUGAUGGUGGCCAACCUGUGCUAACAGGAACAGCUCAGCUGGUGAUCAUAGUGCUUGAUGCGAAUGAUAACCCUCCUGUCUUUAACCUGUCAGUAUACAAGAUACAAAUGUUAGAAAAUGCCUCCAGUGGGACAUCAGUGCUUAAACUCAACGCCACUGAUUUGGAUGAAGGUAUUAAUAAAGACAUCACAUACUCUAUUCGUAGUGUAACUCCAUCUAAGACAAAUACUAUGUUUAGGAUAGAUUCAAAUACUGGGCAGAUUAUACUGAAUAAUGAACUGGAUUAUGAGGACACGAAUUUAUAUGAGAUCCGAGUGGAGGCAAUGGAUAAAAGUGCUUUCCCCUUGUCUGGACAUUGCAAAGUCUUAAUAGAAAUUCUGGAUGUGAAUGAUAAUAUUCCAGAGGUGUUGGUGACUUUCCUGUUGGUACCAGUGCCAGAAGACUCUUUGCUGGGCAUGGUGGUAGCCUCAAUCAGUGUCUUAGACAAGGAUGCUGGGGCUAAUGGGCAAGUGAGCUGCUCCCUGUGGCCCACUGGGCUCCCUUUCAAGCUGGUAUCUUCAUUCAAGAAUUACUAUUCACUGACACUGUCUGAGCCCCUGGAUCGGGAGAAGGUGGCUGAGUACAAGCUGCUAGUGACAGUCCAAGAUCAAGGGGUUCCAUCACUGUCAGCUAGCAGCAGUCUGGUGGUGUCCGUUGGUGAUGUGAAUGACAACCCACCUGCUUUUGCUCAACCCUUCUACAUGGUCUUUGUGAAGGAGAACAACCCACCUGGUGCCCACAUCUUCACAGUGUCUGCCACAGACCCAGACAUGGCUGAGAAUGCCCUCAUCAGUUACUGGAUAGAUGAGAAUCUCUGGCCGCUGUCAAGCUACAUCUCAGUGCACUCAGAGAGUGGGAAGCUCUACGCCUUGCAGCCCUUGGACUAUGAGGAGCUGAAGCUGCUGGAGUUCCAAGUGAGGGCCAAGGAUGCUGGGCUACCCUCCUUGUGUGGCAACGUGACUGUUCAGGUCUUUGUAGUGGAUGAGAAUGACAAUGCACCUGCCGUGUCCAGGCCAACAGAAGAGAAUCCCAUUCUUCUGGUGGUUCCUGUGGUGUCUGGUUACAUAGUGGGCAAGGUCCGUGCCCUUGAUGCUGACUCAGGGUACAAUGCGUGGCUGCGAUAUGAGCUGCAUGAGACAACCAGAGGUCCUUGGCGGGUGGGACUGUACAGUGGUGAGAUCAGCACUACCCAUGCUUUGGAUCAGGUGGAUGACACCAGCAGCAGUGGCAGCCAGAGCCUGCUAGUGCUGGUGAAAGAUCAUGGCAACCCAGCACUGUCCACCACAGCCACACUGAGUGUGUCAUUAGUGGAAAACUCUCAGAUCAUCCAUGCUGAUAUUCACCUUCCCAGAAUGGGAGGGAGCCCUAAGCUGUUGGAGGACACUGUCAACAUCUACCUGAUCAUCGGCAUAUGUUUGGUAUCCAGCUUGUUUCUGCUGGUGAUCAUGGUAUACAUGGCUUUGCGAUGCCGAAGCCAAUCCAAGGAACCAAUGGUGUAUGGUCCUGGCACAGCUACACUGGUAUGUGCCAGCGAAAUGGGCAGUUGGUCCUACUCAAAUCGCCACAGCCACAUCCUGGCAGGUGUGAAUGGAGAGGCUGGUGCCAAAAAUGAUCUGAUGGUUUUCAGUCCUGGUAUUCCUGCCACUGUGGAGAAUGGGAAGCAGCAGGAUUUGCUCUGUGCAACGUAUGGGAUCACAGAAUGGAAAAUGGCUCCCAUGUCACUGAUGGAAAGUGUGAAUGGUCCCUCCCCAAACAACCCACAACAGUACAUCACAGGCUUCAUGCAGAAUAUACCAUCAUCUAGGGCAAAGAAACCCAAUGCCCCACUAUGGAGUCAAGCAACACUGGAACAGUAA